CGGCCGCAGGCACUGAGCGGAACGGGAGGGGCCGAUCUCUGUGGGGUACAACGAGUUGGCAGACACGGUGCUUUGUCCUUUUUUAGUCUCAUACUGCUGAGGAUGUAUUGGAAUCUGGACAAGGGUUGGGUAGCCUAAUAAUUGUUUAUUUCCAAAUUUGGGAUGGAUUCAACAAACUAGAACAGGUUUCAACAGAUCUGAGAGAAGCAAACAAGUUUUCACAAGUGAUUGGCUUCUAAAUGCAUAAAUGUGCGCCCGUGUCUUGGCUGCAGAAUUUACUGAAGAGAGGUUCCUCUUCUGUAUAGGAAGCAAGUAGUCAGAGCUGCAAUCAGAUCAACUCGCUUAUUGCUGGCGAUUACGCCUCAGAAGUGACGGUGUGCGGUGAGCUGCUGGAUGCAGAAGUAUGGGAAUGCUGCAGCUCAGACAGACUGACAUAUUCUGCUCAGUCUCAAGGCAGGAUCAGAGGAGGUAUCCUAGCACGGCUGAGACUCCUGGCAGAGUUUGAGCAGGACGAAAAUGGUUUAGGCUAGCUGUGCCAUGAAGACUCAGAAGUGCAGAGGUGUUACACCACCAUCGCCUCCCUGCACACGGAAGUCACGUUUCUGUCUGCGAGGCAGAAUGAAGGAUAGGAUGAUUCAAGGCAAACUUCGCAUCCGUUCAAUGCCUGGAGCAUUCCUGGUACUGGGAGUAAUUGUGGUAGCUGUUGGUACUGCUCUGGCUGUAGCUGGCUACUGGUCCUACCAGUUUUCAAGAUCACCCAUUCUAGAAGAUACAGAACAGGAAAGCAUUUCUGAUCAUCAGCCUUCCGGCUGGAGUCUGAAUACCAAGGGGCUCUUUUCUACAGCUAGUCUCCUUCAUGGUGACUGCAUGAAGCUACUGGGCCCAAUCAUCAUGGGAGUCGGACUGUUCAUCCUGAUAUGUGCAAACACUGUCCUGUAUGAAAACAGGGACAGAGAGACUCAGCUGCUGCUAGCUCAAAUGCGCAAUGUUAUCUGCUCUGUGUCAGCAGCUGUUCCCUCUGCAAGUCUCAGAGACUUAGCAGCAACCAACCACUAUCAAUGGGUGAGCAGUCUACCUGCUGCUCAUCUUAAUAUUUUGUGUCUGCAGCAGGUGGCAUGCUCUGAGCCCCUACUCCAGACUAGAUACACCAGGGACGAGGAGGGCAGUGUAGAGGGCAUCUAUCAACAGGAACUGAUGACAGAUGGCCUUCAUCAUGAUGAGUCAGAGCCUCUACCCUUACUCCCCUCAACCUGCUUUAACUCAUCCAAACACAAUCAGAUAAACAAUAAUUCACAGACAGGGUCAGAACUAAGGAGCAAAGACGGUUUCAGUCUACAGACUGCCCCACUCCUCAAACUCAAUUUCUGCCUAGUGUCUGCCUGCUCAAUGUCCAACCUCAAGUUGGAAGAAGUGGAUAUCCCAGCUGCUCAACACAGACGCUGUCACAGCAUGAGCUACAGGACUAAGCCUUACACAGCCCAAACUGGGCUGCACUUCGACAAAGAACUGUACCCAUUGGAAAAGGAAAAUCAUACAAAUCAGCACCAAAUCAAUAAAAAAGAAAUAAGUUCCCAGGUUUGUGUAAGGAUCCCUGUGGAGUUGGCAGAUGCUGAAGAGGACCAAACUCAUGGAAGCUGGCCUCGACUAGAACUGGGAAGUGGGAGGCGAUAUCUGAAACUGGACAACAAAGAGGACUCUGUGGACAAACUGCUGGACAAGUUGGAGCAGCAGUGUUCCUACUGGGAUAACAGUUUUGGCUCUGGGCCAUUUCAGUGACAAUUGAAAUAUCUCAAACAUUGGAAACCAAGAAAAAAAAUAUUUUUCUAAUUUUAGUUUUCAGUUAUUUGGGAUUAGAGAACAAAGGAGGUUAUACAAUAUUUUGGACAAAAAUAUUUAACUGUAAAAUUUUCCAAAGUUUCCCAGUUGUCAAUGGAAUAUUGCUGAGAAGGGACUAUGGCCUUUUAACUUGGAAUCUAUCCAAGUUAAUAUUAAGCUUUAUAAUUGUUUAAGAAGAAGAGCUACAUACAUCCUCAACACUACCACAGUACUGCAGAGUUUAAAUAUUGUUUGCUUUCUUAGUUUAUUUUGCCAGCAAAAUAAGAAAUUACCAUGUCUGGCCAAAUGAAUGUGCUUGAAUCCACUACAAAAAGAAGCAUAUGGAUUGGUGCAGGAGUAAGGUGUUAUUUCUCUGUAAACAUUUCUGAACCAAAUUACCAGGGCUCCUAAGGCCAUAAAGUGGUGACAGCUCUCAAAAAAUGUAACCAUUGUACAAAAUGGGACAUCUUUAAUUACUGUAUGUCCUUUAAGAAUAAUGCAAUGCAUGACAGUAUGUUACAUUGAAUUGCAUAUGCAAACGAAAUGUUAGUGUUUGUCUUGUAUUUGUAGAGAAUAAUGGUGGAAUUUGUUAUAACUUGAAACUCAUUUUCUUAAGUUUGGCAACCAUUUUUAUAAGUCAUGAUAACAUAAUUUUUUCUCUCUUUCUGCAUCCACAGAACACAUAGCAUGCUGGACUUUAUCUUUUUUCUUGCACUUUUUCUGGUCUAUAAACUAAGUGCGUUUCGUUUAAUUGGUUUAAACUGCUAUUUUACAUCGUUCACAUUUUAGUUUGCUACACAGAUAAAACCAGAUAUAUAAAAAGAUGCAUGAACAACUGAUGACGUAAUCCAGGUGAAAUAUUUUUCUCAGUCUUUUGGGAAUUGUUAUUGCUUUUCCCCUCAGAGCUUUACUCAUUCGCUGCUUAUUAAGUAUAAUGAUGUUUCUACAAAAAUAAAUUAUGACUUUAUCACUGCCUGACAUUAAAAUACACAGGACUUUUCCUCUUCUAGGUCAAUUAGGAGUAAUACAUUAUUUUCUAUUAUGAAAAUAAAAUAUUUAAAGAAAAUGUAUACCUCAAAUGGCUCAAUAAAAAUGGCUUUGAAUCAGA